AUGAAUGGGAAAAGCCACUCAUGUCCAUGAUUCAACAAAAGUGACUAAUGGCAUCAAGUAAAGCCCCUGCAACAUGGGCAGAGCUUCAGGAAAGCUUUACUCGUGUUCGAAAACAAUAUGGUCUUUUACCGCAAGCAGAGUGGGAACCUCUUCUAACUGUGACUGUCCAGGAAAAUGCUGCUACUUCAAAACAAAGAAAGGAGACUACAUCUAUACCACCCUUGCCAAGCAUCAGACAGGAUGUCUCCAAAUCGAAUGCACAAAUCAGAAAAGGAAACAAGCAUCGUAGUGAAGGCUUUUUACGAAACCGGCAUGACAGGGAAUGGAAACUAGAACUCCCACCACUACCGGCGGCAAAAAGGAUAGAAACACAAAAUGGCAAUUUGUUUGUCCUCAAAACCAGGUUAGAAAAGAAAAGAUAUCAACACUGGGACAUAAAGGGACAUGAGCUAUUCAAGUACUUCUCAGAGAACCAAACUUUUGCUUUGAACUUUUUGGAUACCUUUAUGUCGGAGAUUUUGCUUCGUGAAAUCAUCCCUGAUGUUUUCAUGGAGGCUCUAACCAAUAAUGCAACACAGAUAAGGGUGCACCCACAGAAUUCAUAUGACAAAGCAACGAGAAAAGAACAAAAAACAGAGAAUGCAGUAUUGGACUUGUUCUCAAAGCACCUCUUCAAUGAACUGCUAUUGGAAGUUGUCAACGAUUUGUCUGUCAAGGUUAUUAGAAAAACAAUGAGAGAUUUUGUAGAGGACCAUAUUUUAAAAUCUGCUGUUAAUCAAUUUACGGAUGAAAUGAUCAUCAGCAUAAUUCAAAUGGAGUUACCGACAGUGAUACAAGAAAUUAAAGAUGAAAUUCAUCUUGAUGACAUCCUUCAAUAUCUUAUAAACGAUGUUGUCGAUAAAGAAGUGGAAAGCACAAUACAUACAAUCUUUGUUGAACAUGAAGAUGAACGGUCUGUACUGCAGGAUGAUCAGAUUACAGCAAGUGCAAAUAAAUAUUUGAUUGACACAUUUCUCCUGGAGCAUUUAGUUGGACUCAUUGGGACACAGAAGUUAAUUGCAUUUGACAAAGAUGUCUCUUUGUGCCUCUUAGACAGUAUGAUGCUAGAUAUCAUGUUAAGGCAGCACCUCCGUAUACAACAUGGGCAACAAGUUACCCUCGAAAAUCACAGCAUGAAGAUUCUGCAUCAAAAAGCAGUUAGCGGAAUGGCUCUUGAAGUUAUUCUGACUGAACUCAAAAUGUUGAUGGAUGAAGAUAUGGAAGAUGUAUUUGAAUAUGAGAAAGACAUGGAGUUUGGGAGUUAAAGGGACACUAUACUAACUAUAAUUAGAACUGCUACAGCUUCAUGUACUAAUUCUGGUGUCUGUAGCAUGUCCCUGAAAGCUCAGCAAUGUAAACUCUGCCUUUCCUGAGAAAAGGUGGCGUUCACAUUGCUGCCUAGUAACACUUCUAAUGGCUGUCGCUCAGACGGCCACUAGAGGGACUUCCUGGAUUAGUCCUGCAAUCUUUGCAGGACCUACAUUCAGCAUAUCCACGCUCUGCAUAAAGACCCUGAUAUCAUAGAGAUGCAUUGAUUGAAAGUAUCUCUAUAAGCAGAUGCUGAUUGGCAUAGCUCUGCAUUAUGCAAUGCACUAUAGUCUAACAAAACAUUCCUAUGGGAACGCAUUGAUGAUCUCAGCCAUGAAGGAGGGGUAAGCCACGGUGAGACCAGCGCGGCAAUGGAGAAAAGGUCAAUAAAAUA